AUGUUAGAUACUAAUUUAGUAAUAAUUGUCUUGACUAAACUUGACUUAGUCAGUUUAGCCAGGUUGCUUUUACCACCUGCAGCGAUUGCCUGCAAUAUAGCCCAAGGCGCAUGUAUGGCUAGUUGCGCUGUUUGCUUUCUGGCACCAACACCAUAA